AUGGAUUUCAUCGACGUUGCAAUUAUUGGAGGAGGACCCGCUGGUCUGACUGCUGCCGCUACACUGGCGCGACAACUACACACAGCUGUGGUAUUUGACUCAAAGAGCUAUCGAAAUGCCAAAGCGACGAAGAUGCACAUGGUCCCAACAUGGGAGAACAAGAAUCCCGCCGACUUUCGCAGUGCGGCCAGACGAGAUAUCGAGACCAACUACUCCACCAUCCAGUUUGCCGAUAUCCCCGUAACCAAGGUGGAGAAGAAGAACGAUGCUCAUUUUCAGGUCUGGGAUGGUAACAACAAGGAAUGGAAUUUCAGAAAAGUGCUACUUGCGGUGGGCUCGUCUGAUACCUAUCCGGAUAUCGAGGGCUAUGAGCAACUGUGGACCAAGAAAAUAUUCCACUGCUUAUUUUGUCAUGGAUAUGAAGACCGAGGAUCCCCGUCGUCGGGAGUUCUUGCUGUCUCCCCUAUCUUGAUUCCUGGCCUCGCUAUUCAUAUGGCGGAGAAUGCGGCCCAACUCAGUGACAGCGUCACAAUCUACACUCACGGAAACGAUGACUUAACCACCCAGCUUCUUUCAAUCACCGAUUCCAAGUUCAAAGUCGAGUCCCGCCAAAUCAAACAUCUCUUGGAGAAUACUGAAGCGGAUUCGGUGACAGUAGAGUUCGAAGAUGGAUCUAACAAGGUGGAGAAAUUCCUGGUUCACAGUCCCUUAACAAGCGUUCAAGGUCCAUUCGUUGGCCAGCUUGGGAUUGCUCUUACGCCUAUGGGUGAUAUCCAGGCAGACGCACCAGCCUAUCAGACUAGUGUUAGGGGGGUCUUUGCUGCUGGUGACUGCAUCACACCCUAUAAGGUGACUCCGGGUGCGAUUUCGAGCGGGUGUAAUGCAGCUGUAGCUGCCAGCACUCAGUUACAAGCUGAGAAGCACGGUCUGCCAGCUAUGUUUUAG